AUGGUUUGUCUCACCUUGGCAGCCCUGGGCAUCCUAGCCGCUAUCGAAUCCCAAACUUAUGGUGAGGUUGAUCCGUUCCUCACCUCCAGCUCGCCCGUGUACCGCGCGAACUACAAGCAGCGCGACAUCAGCACCUCAUUCCUCACCACUCCCCUCAAGAUCGACUACACUGACACUUUUGUCGAUCAACAAGACUGCAAGACGUACUCGCAACUGAUUGUCACCGAUAUCAAGAAUCAGUACAUCAUCGGCACUCAGAUUACCUACGACAACACUGGUAGCGCAGGGCUCAAAGCCAAGGUCAUAGACGUGGUUAUCUCACGUUCUUCGACCGAGCCGCAGUUCAAUGUCACCAAGACGCUCGCAUAUGUUGGUGCAGAGGAUUAGUCCGUGAUUGCUAGGGCCAACCAAGAUAGCCGGGACGUGCUCAAGACCGUGGCCAACUCGUACCUCGAUCUAUGGAGCAGCAACGGUAGUUUUGAACUCCCCUGGGGUACCCCGUGCGCCCGGUUGGAGGAAAGUGUGUACUACACCGAGGAGUGCCAACCUGUGAGCUUGAAUGGAAAGACAGAUACAGAUAAGAGUUAUGUGAUUGAUGAGGGUUUAGGGGCUGUGAGUGUCUUUAGCAAGGGUGGAACUGAUGGGGCAUUGUUGGAUAUCCACGAGUUCAGGCUUAUGCAAGGAAAGCUGCUUUAUGUCCACCAUUUCACCGCAAGCGAUGCAGCGUCGGUGGUGUAACAAGAGCGAGAAGGAAGAGAAUCAUUGCGUUCGAGGAGUAGGCGAGACAACAGCAGAAUGCAAGGUAGAAAGCAGU